UCAACCUUUCAUUUGGUGUGGUUUCUCCUCAGAAUCUGAAAGAACAUUCCUAUUUCCUACACAACACUACACUGUCUGGUGGAAGAAUCUCUUCACUCUCCAUGCAACAACGUUGGCUAUGUCUCCUUAUUCUCUCUCUUUGUUAGCCUCUGUCUCCCCCAAAAUGCACACCCUUCUUUCUUUCUCCUCAUCACACUCUCCACAUCUUCCAAACCACAACAUAACCAAAUCCAAUAAUAAACUCUCUCAUUCCAUCAAUGGACUUUCAUCCUGCCCUUCUUCUCCUUUGCUCCCCAGUGCCACAAAAUCUUCUCCCUUUCUCAUUUCCACUUCAAAAAUUGCAUCUUUCAGGGUCCUUGCUGCUUCCUCUAUACCUGAUGCUAGAAGUGAUGAACCAGCCAAAACUAGUGAUUUCUUAAAAACUCUUCAGCUUGGGGCCAUGUUUGCAACUUGGUACCUUUUGAACAUCUACUACAACAUCUACAACAAACAGGUUCUAAAAGUCUAUCCAUUUCCAGCAACAAUUACAGCAUUUCAAUUUGGCUUUGCAUCGUUGGUUAUUAAUCUAGUCUGGACUUUGAAUCUCCAUCCCAGACCAAGCAUCAGUGGUUCACAGUUUGCAGCAAUCCUUCCACUGGCUGUGGCUCACACAAUGGGAAACCUCUUGACCAACAUUAGUCUUGGCAAGGUUGCUGUAUCUUUCACUCACACAAUCAAAGCUAUGGAGCCUUUCUUCACUGUAGUUCUUUCUGCCCUUUUACUGGGUGAGAUGCCUACUUUCUGGGUGGUUUCUUCCCUUGUACCAGUAGUAGGUGGAGUGGCACUGGCAUCAAUGACUGAAGUCUCUUUCAAUUGGAUUGGAUUCACUACUGCUAUGGCAUCUAACGUUACUAAUCAAUCGCGGAACGUUUUGAGCAAAAAACUGAUGACUAAUGAAGAGGAAACUUUGGACAAUAUCAAUCUCUACUCAGUUAUAACUAUCAUUUCCUUUCUGUUGUUGGUCCCAUGUGCUAUUCUUGUGGAGGGUGUCAAGUUUUCUCCUUCAUACUUGCAAUCUGCUGCAAGUCAAGGGCUGAAUGUCAGAGAGCUAUGUGUCAGAUCAGUUCUUGCGGCUUUUUGCUUCCAUGCAUACCAGCAGGUAUCAUAUAUGAUAUUACAGAUGGUGUCACCUGUGACCCACUCUGUUGGAAACUGUGUGAAGCGUGUGGUUGUCAUUGUUUCUUCAGUUAUAUUCUUCCAAAUUCCUGUCUCACCCGUUAACACACUUGGAACUGGGCUUGCACUUGUUGGAGUUUUCUUGUACUCAAGGGCAAAGAGGAUCAAGUCAGUCCAAAAGACAAAUUGAGGCUGCAUAACCCUUCCAAAGAAAGGAAACAGGCAGAGGGAAAAGUAAAUAUUGUAGACACAUAACAGCCAUUGAUUUUUUUUUCUUUCUUUUUACAUUUUGUGAGGGUAUCACUACUCCUUGUUAAUUGGCCAUCCUAUGCCACUAAAUCUUAGUAAAUAAUAUAGGAGUUUAAUAGACAUGUACUGUAAGUUUAAUUUUUUUUACAAAUAUUCAGAAAUCUUUAUUGACAUGACUA